CGGUUCUCUGUUGUUGCGUUGUACUCGCGCCGUACACUCUGUUGCUUAGUGUACGGGACGACGACGGCGGCGACGGCCGACGCGAACGGGCACGACGCUUUUAAUGAUGAUGGUUUAUCAGUUCGUCGUGGUCCGCUACUACGCCGCGACCGUAUCGGCGGUCGCCACCGGGUGAUUGCCGGACGACGUCGAAGAGGGAGCAGCAGCAGCAGCAGCAGAAGGCAGCGGACGUCGAGAUAAUAAUAGUAUUAUACACUGACGGACGGCAUUGUACCAUAGACACGCCGGAAGUCCGGUACCGUCUGGCUACCGUAUACCCAGCGAGACACGGGACGCGCGAGAUCUCCUCACCGCGGACGCCGCCGCAGAUCACAGAUGCUCUUGGUGCAUCUAGAUGGGAUCUCAAGAGAGCUUAGCCACAUUUCAAUAACAGUUAUAUCAGCAUUUGGUUCGAUCAGCGUGCGCGUUGGGAUGUGACGCAGGGUGGACGAGAGCAUCGUGCGCGUGAUUAGCUGUAGCUGGGUGUGCUAUGCUAGCCGCCCGCCACGUUCUGCUCCUGUUGGUGGCCGGUUCGUUUCUCGCCUCAUCGGUCCUCGCGCUACCACAAGACAAAGUCACAGAGAGAAAAUUUGGUGACAAAUGCGAAUCCAACGACGAUUGUCAUUUCAACGGGUCAAUAUGUAGAAUUGACCGGAGCAACAAAAAGUGUCUGUGUCAACCCGAAUUUGAGGCCACCAACCACAUCGACAAAUGCGGACACAACGUAGCGAUUAACAAACCAUGUUUUUUUAACGAGCAAUGUGAGAACCUCGUAUUCCAAACAGAGUGCAGAGAUGACGUUUGCGCCUGCCGGUUCGAAAAAACUCCGGUAUUCCAAACGGAUGGAUCAGUCCAAUGUAUUGCAAAGAACACUUCCAACUCCGAACCUUAUACUGACCCAGCAAUGCUGUGCGUGUUGGCUGGGAUGUGUUUGAUGUUCAUCAUAAUAUGCGUUGUACUGAGAUUGUUUAGCAAAGCACGUUGGAGAGAAAACCGUACGAUAUUCAACACGCCCAACCCGAGAUUGAUGAACGUGUCGCUACUGAGAGACAACAAACCGCCGCCCGGAGCAGCCGGCGAACGUAGAGGUAGCAAAUCCAGUACAAAGACCCAUUCCCCUUCGAGACAACCAAGCAUGGCCUCGUUGAAGCCCCAAUCGCCUUCUUUAGGUCGCGGAGUUCGGGGCAACAACAACGGCGGCAACUCGGAAACCGUAAGGUCUCCGACCACCAAAAGUCCCAUGGCACUUCCGGCGGAGCCUAAGACAUCUGUGGCUGUGGACAUACAGCCCGCCGUGUGAAUCGGACAUCGAACGACAUAUUAUACACUUGCGUCGCGUCACCACGUAUUAAUGCUUAACCGGUGUCAGGACAUCGCCGACAAUGAUUUUAUUUUCAAACAAAGUUAUUCUUCUUCUUUCUAAUACUUUAUCCGCAAACGGGCUUGAUUGCUUUUGGGACCACGGCUACUGGUUUAUUCAUUUAUCAAUAAUAUUCGAAACAUAAUAUGUAUCGAAACGUAUAAUUAUUACGGUUUUUAAACAUCUCAUUAAAUAUAAAUAUAUAUACAUAUUUAUGUAUAUGUACACAGAUAAAUCGCAAUGACUGCGUGCUAUAUUUUUAAAAUUAUUUUAAUACUUGAAAUUCACGAUGCUUAGAAUAUAUUAUAGUACGAAGCACUUGGCAAUAUUAGCCAGGAGCUGUUCUUCACACAGUAAAAGUAUUUUACAACAUGAAUUUGUAUUACUUAAAUAUUUAAAAUAUAAUAAUUUAACGUACUUAUUAUAAUAAUUAUUAUUAUGCUAUGAACUCUGCAUUCAUAUAAGGAUAAUAUA